AAAGCGCUAACAAACCCUGAGUUCUUGACCAAACCUCACCAAAACCUAUAUCAUACUCGUAUGAUACCUGGAUCAACGCCGGAACAAAACCAAGAACAAACCAGCCUGGCUCAACUCAGCUCAAUCAAUCAAUCAAUCAUCCAACCCACUACAGUCUGCCCACCUUCAUGAUAUCCCACACCGCCAAACACCUCCCCCCAGCAAUGUCCAUUGCCAUUCGCCCCCGAUUACAAAACGCCUACCGCCCACUCGUGCACUUCUCACGGACACAACCAAGCUCCACUUCCGCCGUGACCGCGACCGCGAAGGCACACGAUGGUGGUAAUACCGGCGGUGGAGAGCAUAAAGUACUCGAUCCGGAAUUCGUGAAUGCUCCGCUGUCAACGCUACCAGCGGUGUUGGAGUUGCCGCAGAAGGCACCGGGAGACUCGACGUUCCCGCAUUUGAUUAGGACUGGGAAAGCUUAUGUUUGUUCUCUCUUCCACCCCUCACCCACACAUGAGAAAAAUCGAAGGUGUGCGUUAACUAAUUGAGCGGCGGGAGAAUAGCUGGGGUUUUACAAGACCGGGUUGAAAAACGUAUACAAGAACUUCAUCGCUACGCGCCCGAUCCAGGGCCGGAUUGACAAGAAGGGGAGUAUCACGGACUUGGUUGAGGCCGGGGAAAUUACUCGGAGGGAGUUUCAAUUGGUUAUGUUUGUUUCGCCCCUUCCUCCCUUCCUUACCUACUUCCCAUAGAGCUAAACGCUAAAUGGCGAUUCCGCAGGCGCAACCGCCACGACUCCCGCCGGAUCCCCAUAUUCGGCCUAAUGUUCAUGAUAUUCGGUGAAUUGUCCCCCUUCGUGCUGCCAUUCGUUUCCGGCAUCGUGCCUUUCAAUUGCCGGAUUCCACGACAGAUUCAUGGUGACAGAACAAAGCUGGAGGAGCGCCGGGCAGCGUCGUUCCGGAACUUGCCCAAGGGUCGUGAUCUUCUAGAGUUGGCGCAGGAGAAGAGGAGUGUCCAGGACCUCACGUCCAAUGAAGUUCUGCACUGUUCUACGGUGCUGGGCUUGCACUCCGCGAAGUGGCCGUCAGUUCUCUAUCCGUUCCUGCCACCGACGAUGUGGUUGAGGUUCAAGUUGUGGAGGAGGCUGAUGUACUUGGACCUGGACGAUAUACUCCUUGCCCGGGGCGGUGGGCCGGGGGUGUUGGAUAGCGGGGAGGAAUUGAAGAUGGCGGCGGUGGAUAGAGGAUUGUGAGUUCCUGAUGUUCAAAAUGUCCUCACUGAACAGGCGGAAGGGGUGAUGACCAAGAUACUAAUUUAAUUUAAUUUUCGGUUUGACACAGCAACACAAUACAAAAAACCGAAACCCGUCUUCGGGAGGAACUUAAACUCUGGCUUAAAGCCAAAGAAACCGCCGGAGGAAUGACACCAGCUUUAUGGCUAACAAGGUAUGCAAAUGAUUUUGACUCACAACAACUUAAAGAAACAUAAAAGAGGAAAAAAUACACUCCCAUAUAUCUCUUAAAGAGCUAACUUUCCCCUCCCCAAACACAGACCAACCGAAUGGCGCAAUUCUUCCUCCCCGUCAUCGUCCUCACCCCCCUUUUCACCAACAGCCCUACCCUCACAACGCACCCCAACAUCCGGAAAACCACAAUAAACAAAUACCUCCCCCCCUCCAGAGAAGAAAACCCCAAAUGUCAAAUAGAACAAAAUUUAGACCAACUCCACUAAGGAAAGCAUAUAUAAACCGAGACACGAAGAAGCAUGUUUAUUUAUUCUACAGUAAAAAAGAUAUAAAAAAAAUAAAUAGAAAACACUCCAGAGACAAUCUUAUGACGAGGGGAGGGCAGCAUGCACUGCUCAAAUUGAACGAAACUCGACGAUCACCUGUUCCCGCAACGGGAAGGAAGGAAGGAAGGAAGGAAGAAGGAAAGAAAAGCCGAUGUAUUGUCCAUCGUAUGUAUGAUAUAUAAAUUUGCCUAAACCAGAUCCGGCACCCACUCACAACCGCCAUGGAGAAGAAGGAAAGGAUAACACGUAGACUAGAUAGCGUAAGAGGUAAUGAUAAAACCUAAAUAUAACAACAAGCAAGCGAAUGUCAACCCGCCCGCCAAAACUAGAGCAAAGUAAAGCAAAGGCGCAGUAUCUAUAUGCAAAAAAUAUGAAGAGUGAAACAAGCCUCCCAGCGAACUAAAAGGAAAAAAAGGAAAAAAACUCAUCGAAUCAUCCAAGUUCGGCACAGCGCUACGAGUCAAGUGACGAUAUUGUGAAAAUAAUGCUCCUCGGCAACGACGAUGACGAGAUCAGGAGAAAGGAGAAAAAAGAAAGAAAAAAAGGACCCUCCAGAAGUUAAAGUUGAAUCAUAGAAAAGACUCUCGUGUUCGUUUUGUGACCCUUUUGUUGAUGAGGGGUAACAGGAAAGGCAUAGCGUAACUUAGGUGAAUAGAGAGCUAGAAAUGAGAGGAGGGUGGAAUCCAACGAUUGAAAGCGAGCAAGGUGAGAUACCACGAGUGAGGUGAAAAAGAAAAGGUGAAGAGAGAGAGGGAGAGAGAGAGAGAAAGAGAAGAAGAAAGAAAAGAAUCCCAACACCGUUUUUUUUGUAGUUCCGGACCUCCUUUGGUUAUUUACAAUUGAGGUAAGGUGGAUAAGUGGCCCGAAAAACGAAAGAAAAGAAAUCGAGUAAAGUGCACAGGUAGGUAGGUGACUAAGUAAAUCGUUCAAUGCCCUUCAGAGGGGAGGGAAAAGAGGAAAAAGGACAAAAGUAAUAAUAGGGGGAGGAGGGAAGGCCAAGGCUAAUUUUAUUAAUUCGACAGAGAAAGAUGGUAGAGUAGCGGAGCAAAAAUAUAGGAAAAAUUGAAAUUCUGAUAAAGAAAAAGAGGAAAUUAGUUAUGGUUGGGAUUUCGGCUUUUUUUUUUAAUCCCUCGGGGCUUCCAACAUUUCGGGAACCGUGGGAAAUACAAACAACAGCGUGCGUACGAGGGAGAGACAAAGCAUAAGUGUGUGGAGAGGGGUUGGAAGAAGGGGAAAUCAAAAACUCCAGGAAAGCCCAGAAAGAAAAUAUAUAUAUAUAAAAUAAUGAAAGAAAGAAAGACUUUUAGUAGCUAUCCUUGCUUCCACUUCGCCAACGUCUCCAUGAUGUUUU